CGCCGGGAUCGGCCCCGCCAUGGCGAAGGAGCGCGGCAAGAAGGCGCUGCUCGCGCUGCUCCAGAAGGAGGGCAACGAGGUGUGCGCCGACUGCGACGCCCCCGAUCCAGACUGGGCGUCCCAUACUUUAGGAGUGUUUCUUUGCCUAACUUGUUCUGGGAGCCAUCGCAACAUCCCGCACAUCAGCAAAGUGAAAUCAGUCCUUUUGGAUGAGUGGGACGCCACGCAAGUCGAGUUUAUGGCUUCCAUGGGAAACAGUGCCGCGAAAGCAAAGUACGAAUCGAAAAUUCCGCCAUUUUAUUACAAGCCAACUUUUUCCGAUUGCCAGCUGCUACGAGAACAAUGGAUCAGAGCCAAAUAUGAAAGGGAAGAAUUCAUUUACAUCGAGAAGCAAGAGCCUUACUCUGCAGGGUACCGGGAAGGAUACCUGUGGAAGAGAGGUCGGGACAACGGGCAGUUCCUGAGCAGGAAGUUCGUCCUUUCGGAACGCGAAGGCGCCCUGAAGUAUUUCAACAAGAAUGAUGCAAAAGAGCCCAAAGCGAUCAUGAAGAUAGAGCACCUGAACGCCACCUUCCAGCCCGCAAAAAUAGGCAACCCGCACGGACUGCAGAUCACGUACCUGAAAGACAACAGCACAAGGAACAUCUUCGUGUACCAUGAAGAUGGCAAGGAAAUGGUGGAUUGGUUCAACGCUUUCCGUGCCGCCCGGUUUCAUUACUUACAAGUGGCAUUCCCAGGAGCGAGUGACAUUGAUCUGGUGCCAAAGCUUUCUAGGAACUACCUGAAGGAAGGUUACAUGGAAAAAACGGGGCCAAAGCAAACAGAAGGCUUCAAGAAGCGUUGGUUCACAAUGGAUGACAGAAGGCUAAUGUAUUUUAAAGAUCCUCUGGAUGCAUUUGCCAGAGGGGAAGUUUUCAUUGGGAGCAAAGAGAACAGCUACAAGGUCUUGGAAGGACUCCCACCUGCUACCCAGGGCCAUCACUGGCAGUACGGGAUAACCAUCGUGACCCCAGACCGAAAAUUCCUUUUCGCCUGCGAGACAGAAAGCGACCAGCAGGAGUGGAUCUCGGCGUUUCAGAAAGUGAUAAGCCGGCCGAUGCUGCCGCAGGAAUAUGCAGCAGGAUGCCUUUCGAAGCAAUCCAAAGGUUUUUAAUGGAAGACUCUGCCCUAUAUUAAUCAACAAAAGGAUGCAACAAUAGAUUUUGUUUUCUAUCUUUGGUUUUGUCCCCGCUGCUCCGCCUGGCCACCCCAAGUGGAAGCCCAUUUCAAGCAUAAACCGUAGCGGCCUCACGAUGGACAGAACCAAGAAGUGAAACUGUUUACAACACACAGUGACGUUGUUUGGACUUCGCAAUGCUAACGAUGACGAAAAUAUUAAGCGAAUCACACUGGACGAGAUGGGAGGUGCUAAUUACUGCAGCUACGCCGGGGCUGAUGGUUUCCUGAGCCAAAGGGGAUCACUUUUUUCUUUUAAAAAGUGCUUUCUAAACCAGAGGUGAUGCGGUUCUUACUUCCUGAGCUGGCUGAGGCACUUCCCUUUGAAACAGGGAGCUGGUGCAUGGACCUGGCAUGCCCACUGGAAGAGGUAAGGGAUUCUCCUGGAGGCCUGGCACAUGGAGCAGAAUAUAGGGAUGAUUCUUCACGCGAUGCUCUUCUCUCCCUCCUCUCUGUAGACUUGGCUCUUGCCCAACUUGUAAAGACAACACACCCUCGUCCAGAGCACUUUCCAUUAACUUCUUCAGUUCUUAACUUCAACCAAGAUUGAAAUUCCAGUGGAUGGCAGCCCUUAUACUGAACCCCCUCAAAAACCCCACCAGUGAAAAACAAUGCUAAUUAUUUAAGAUUGGAUUCCACAGUCUGUGCUUAUGUGACCGGAAAGAAAUGGUCUGUUGCCAAAAUUGUGUUUUGCAUGAUGCUGAAAUUUUGUCCGAGCGGAAGACAAAACUAUCACUGAACACAGGUGUUUUAUUAGCCACUGAUGCUAUUUUUUGCUGUUUUGGAGGGGGUUAUUUGUCCCAUAUUGCUCUGUGAUGCUUCAGGAGUUUAGGUGCGUGAAUAAGAAGAUGAGCUUCGUCAUGAAUUCGGGCUUCAGGCACCGGUCCAAGCCAGUAUCUUCUAAGCCAUGUAUGGCUGUGCAGUCUGGUGUCUUUCUGGGCUAAGGCAGGUUGGAAUGUCUUAGUGCUGACUUCAAAACCAUCUCAGUUCUGGUGUACCAGUUGCAAAGAGCAUUGGACACAAAGAGGGGUGAAAUAUGGGGCGAGCCCUACCAGUGGUGGAGACGGCACUUGCCGGUACACAGUGUGCCUUUGCCCUGAUCGUGAGCUUUACAAGGCUGUUCAUCUGCCGCAUCUGCUUUUGGUUUCAUCCCGGAGCUGAGGCCUGACUGCCACACCUGGAGUUUCCUCCUUUUCUGCUGUGUAGCCUCUAGGUGGCACCAUGGUCUAGUGGACCAGCACAAAUGCACAAGAGGAAGUCGCACUUUCAUCCGUACACGCUGCAUUUUCUGAAAAGCAUCCUCGGCAAGAAUGCUGGCUGGACACGGAAGUAAAACUGGAGGGUCGUAAGGUCACAUCUAAAGAACCAGGAGUAGGGAAUGACGAGUGCAUGAUAAAUGCCUCAUGCAGAAAAGCCCUAUUGCAUGAUGAUUUCAGAUCAGGUGUCAUGAAGCCAAAUCAGAGUGAGGGCUGUCAUCCCUGCCCUUGCUCUGAACUGUGGUGAGGGUUGGUUUGUUUGUGUUAAAUUAAAAGAAAUGGCUUCCACUAGCAUUCAGGGCUUCCAUCAGUACAAAUGACUCCUCACAAGGCAAGGGUUGGCCGUCAUGUAAAAAGCGCAGGGGUGGGGGGGGGGCAGAGUUUCAUGAGCCCUUUUACACCUUCUGUCCCUUAGCUCCUGCUGGGCUGUGUUAGCCUCCCCAGCUUGAAUGCAGCCCAUCAGCUGCCUAAGAUGGCCCACGAGAGGCUUUGCAAAACCCAGUUCUGCUGCCUUCUUGUGACUCUCAGACUUGGAGACGUUGAGAAACUGAUUGGCCAAACAAUAUGGCUGCGUUUUGUUUUAUUUUUACAAGAAAGGCCAGGCUGGACUGACCUGGCUGAAUGGGUUGUACACUGUUUAGAACGUCCCUUGAGGAAGUCUUUAGGGGAAAAAAUUAAGCAAAGCAUGCAUGGGAUUGAUGCUUCCAGCUUUUGCAUUGGACUUGGUAAAAUGUAAAUCUGCUUCACUCCGGCUGAGUCACUUCCCUGUACAUUGCAAUUGCCAGUUGACUAGAUUAGCACAGAAGUAAUCGCUCCACAGAAGUGAAGGGGAAAUGGAUGCAAAGAUAGCUUCUCUGAGAACAUCUGCAGGCAGAAGGUUCUUUCCAAGGUUCCUCUUCGACUGCUAGAAAGUUAGAUGGGAGCUGACCCUAUCACAUCAUUCUGAGAAAACAGUGGGGAAAUGAGUCAUUCAAUCGGACACGGAAAGGGGAAUAAUUUCAAGUCUGUCUUUAAGAAACGGACGGACCUGCCUCCCUGUCCUCUUGAACCAAAGCGCAUGUGGCCAGGCUUAAACCAAUUCUGUGUUAGCAAAAGUUUUCCAUCUCUCACCCUGAUCUGUCUGCGGAGCAAAGUCACUCAGCUACCCUUCCCCAACCGCGUGCUCCCCAGAUGUGCCAGGCUCCAGCUUCUGUAGUUCUCUGCAGAUUCAUAGGCCAACCCCUCCGGAGGCGAGGUGUAGGGGCAGGCGGUCUCCAGGUGGGGUGCUGCCCAUUUCCGAACAGUGAGAUGCAGAUUUGGGGGUGAGUUCGGAGCAAGGAUCUCCAUGAGCGCCUUUACACAGAAAGGGCGGGGUAAGAAACAGGGACGCCCUUGCCCAGGUGGCUCUCGCAAGCGGGCCAAGCUGCAGGCUCAUUGCCUCAUUAUGCCGGGGAUGGUGACUGCGCGUCCGUUUCCCAGCAAGAGCCACAGCGAGGGCAAUGCCAGCAUUUGAAAGUUUCCGCCAGGGGCCUCUUGGCCCCCCGGGCAUCUGCCGUCCUUUUGACAAGCACACGGUUGCCACGUAAAGGCCGCUGCUCCCAGCUUGGUGGGAGGCCCACAUGGAACGGGGCCCAGCGAGCUCGGAUUGUAUAUGAUUCCAUGAUGUGUAUAAAGACGUUGCCAGUGACGGAUUUGAUUUAUUUUUCUUUAGUAAGAGAGCAAAUAAAUCUGGGUGAACGCUAGCUAUGCGAUCCGCUGCAGAAGAAACGAGUUACUCCCAUCCAGAUUCUCUCUCACACACACUCGCCCUCGGCCUGUUUGAGAAGGCUGCAUCUUUGGCCCACGCAAAAGCCUACAGAAGUCCCCGUGUUUGUAGCCCACUUGAGGAGGUGGAAUAAAACCCAGAGACACACAGAGGCCGAUUAAAGGCAGGGCAUCAUCCAGCACAUGCCAGGUGAGUGGGAAUCCGUGGUCUUCCAGUGCUCUGAGCAUUUGAGCGGGAUCCAAGCCAAAAGGCAGCACAAAGGCCUGCCAGAAGUCCUAAAACCUUGCUUUGGGUGGAUCCCAGCUCCCAUCAGCCCUGGCCAUCAAGCCUCCUUAGGUUUCUGAUCCGAUUCUGGCUGCACGCAAUCCUUACAAUAGUCAGGGGGCCGCAGAUGUGAAAUCUUUAUGAAUAAUUCACUUGUUCCUGUUCCACCCGUAUUCUCAGUGCCACACCAAGGGUGCUCGAUAGUUAUGGGACGGCACAGCCAAAGCAGGCUCUCGCUUCGUGCCGAGAUGCAGCAUUGCCGUCAGAUCUGGGGGGAGUUCACAACUACUGUGGAGUGCCCAGACUUGCUGUCUGUCCCAGGGCCUGCCCUCCUGUUAGGCAAAGGUAGGAGACCGGCAGGGGGAAGCAGGAGCUGGCAGAGCCGUGAGCGCGUUGGCACUUCCUAAACAGGCUUAGGUGUGGUAAAGGGCAGUGUCCCAUUGCCAACAUUAAAAAAAAACCCACCAUCAUUCUAUAAAGGGUCUCGGAAUUGCUUGAUUCACCCAGUCUCUUAGAUACUUGCUCUCUUGAAGCAUCCAUUACUCUCUACCUGCACUGAAUACCUUGCACUGGCUCUGGUCAUUUCGUCACGGUCCUCAGUACGUCAUUUGUUUUGGCACCAGCGACUGUUGCGUUUGGAAGCCCACCAACCCGUUCAGGGCAAAUGAGAGCCGUCUGGCAGGAAAUCCCGUUGAAAGGAGUGGCACCCAGGCAGGGGCACGGAUGGACGAGGCCUGCGCCUUAGGAUGCCUUGGUUAGUUUGUGGCUUGGAGGCUGGAGGACAAAUGGCCACCGACCGGUUUGACGGAAUCAACAUGAGCAGCACGGUUGCCCCUGACUUUUCCCAGAAUGCCCCCUGGAGCCACUACAUUGGGGGCAUGCUGGGAAAAUGGGAGUGGUGGCCGCCAUGCUUAGUUUGCUGCUGUAGCCAGGAGGUCCCAUUGGUGGAGGGAAGCUGGCUCUGGAAGGGAGCCUUUCUUCCCUUUCGCCCCAGCAUUUAUCGUUCACACAGUUCCCCCAGAACGAAGUGCCGUACGACACGCCUGAAACAUGCCAGGAAGCAACAUCCUGGCUUGGGCGAGAAUUCCACUUGCUGUGGUGGGCGGGACACAGCUCAGGGGCCUUGGCUUCCCUUGUCACGCCAGAGGCCAUUCCUAGUGCCGGAAUUCUUGGAUUUUGCUGCUGCAAGAGGACUGCCCGUAACUAAGAAACUUUACUGGACUGAAGUGCUCAAGUCUCUCCACCCUGCUCCCCUCCCCAGUUGCAUAUGAUGGCCGGGCAAUACAUAAAUACUUCUGCCUUACCUUAAUAAGCCACAUACCCUCUCCUGGUUGUAGCCAUAUUUAUCUUUUGAUUAUAUUUAUACUGACAAGAGUCAGCUGAGUAGAUUUAUCAGCAGCGGUUCUUCUUUGCUGACAUCCGCCUGGUCUGCUGACCGGUUUGGGGGGGGGGGGUUGGUGCUUCGUUUUUCCCCUCCCCUUCCCGGGGGGACCCCCCCCCCCCCCGCAAUCUCAGCUAUGAUUGUUACAGACUUUUACAAGAGGAGAGCACUGCAGUUAAUGAUUGUUAACAGUAUUGUGUAUCACAUGGCCAUGAUCUUUUUUUUCCAAAACAUUUGCCCAAUUAAUAAAAGGGAGGGGGGAGCCCAUCUAUUUUAAAUGUAAAAACAAACCCCCCCCCCACACACACUCACACACUUCUUUCUUAAGUCAGUGUUUUUUGUAAGCUGAAAUCCCUUCUUGUCCGUUGUACACGUCACGUCGCUGGUAAUACAAUCGUGGUACUAAAUGUCAACUGCACCAAUAAAUUAUUAUUCUGUCAGCAAAAGAGAA